CUUUCUGCCUGGUGGGAUCAUUCUCGCUAAUCGCCAGGUUCCAAGAGUUAUCAACGCAUACUCCAGACCUUCUAGGUGUUUCAACCUCGCCCAUCCGCAUUCUUCUACUUGCCAGCACAAUGUCAGAAACAGAGAAGACAGCUAGUAAACCAGCAGCUGGGCCAAAUAGCCCAAGCCCGGAAUCACCAACAACUGCGCGCCCUCUAGAUUUCGACGAUGAAAUACAGGAGACCGGCGUCGCCUAUGCAUCCUCCGCUUCAGCCCAACAGACCAGCACAGAGACAGCCCCACCAAAACCACCUCGUCCUUUGUCUCCGCGACAACAAGCGGAGAACACUCUGAAAGAAGCGUUCCCGUCGGUGGAGGUGUCCGUUGUCAAGGCUGUUUUGGUAGCAAGCUCCUAUGACGUUGAACGAGCUUUCCAUGCUCUCCUCGGGAUGACGGACCCAAAUGCAAGCGCACAGGAUGACUAUGCCCCUCCGAAGCCUCCACGCCCAUCUGCGACGCAAAGACAGCUGGAAGCUGAUGAACUCUAUGCUCGUCAACUUGCCGAACACUACAAUCGACGUGCGCAGCCACCUCGUGGAGGGGAUGAAGCCUAUCGUCGGCAGAGGCAUUAUGAUGAUGCAGCAGAGGAGAAAGAAUACAACUUUUUCGACGACGACCUUCCCGUGAUUCGUGAAAAUAUUCGUAAAGGGUUCCUCGACACCCAGUCCAAGGUCAGCUCAUGGGUCCAGAACCUGAAGAAGAAGAUCGAUGGCGAGGAAGACGAUGAGAAUACAUCGUCUGCACGUACAUACGGAGAGGAAAGUUAUGGCCGAUCACGAAGAAGUGGUGAGCUAGGUCGUCGCAGCGGUGACCGUGAGCGGUACGAUGCAGAUCCGCAAGUUCUGAGCGACGAUUUUUCCGUCCUUGAACUAAGGGAUUCAGAAGUACCCCCUGCGCGUCCACCAAGACCGCUUGCGAAUUCAACGUUGUAUAAAAGCUCCUCACCAUCCCCAGACCGUCGCAAGGUGUCAUUCCAGGAGGGCCCGCCUACAGAGAUUGGCAAUCUUUAUGAUGCUUCCGAGCCAGCUAAGCGCCAAUCCCCCGCGGGAGGGAAACCGAGUAAAUGGCAGCCUCUUGCGACUGUCGAGCCGUCUCCUAUCGGAGAAAACGAUCCGUUCAGCUUAGGGGACAGCGAUGACGAGAAAGACACCAAGGCUAAGGACCCAGUUGAUACUGAAGCGCACAAAGUGAAUGUUGGAGCUUCUUCUGAAGAGCUCGGCUCAGCCUCUAAAGGCGGCACAACAGCAGAGAACGCCGGGAAAUCCUCAUAAGCCUUGGUUUCGUUGCUAUACGGUUAUAGCAUUCUUUUCAUAAGCCGCGAGUUUGAUGAUAUUAUUUAUUCUCAAUUACCUUGCCCUGUACCUCUUAGGCGGUGUUAUGAUACCAGACUGUUUCCACAUAGGCCCACAGCUUUGAACUAAUUUAUUAAGUGCUUAGCGUCUAAUUCGUGUUCUUAUACAAGCGGUAACAUACAAACAAUCCAGAAUCUAUUAUC